AAUGAAAAUGCCCUUGUGAAAAUAAAGGAGUUAGGAGUCGAGCUUGCAAAGAUCAGGGAUGAAGUUGCCCUCAACACAGCGAGAUGGAAGAAACUACAGAGUGAGAAGGAGGAGCUGGAGAGGCGCUUUGAGGAGGAGGUGAAGCAGCUUCGUAGGCAGCAGCAGGAGGAGCUGCAGGCGCUGGAGCAGCGGCUGCAGGAGGAGUACAACACCAAGAGGGAGAGCCUGCAGGAGCAGCACAGGCUGCAGCUGGAGCAAGUCAAAUUGCAGCAUCAGGAUCAGGUGGAAGAUAUCACAGCUGUACACGAAGCUGCGGUGUUACAGUUGGAAAAUAACCACAUAGUCGCUAUUACAGUACUGCAGGAUGAGAAUGACUGCAAGAUUCAAGAACUGAAUACUGCUCACAAACUGGAAAAGGCACAAUUAGAAGAGAAUUUUGAAAAACUGCGGCUGUCACUCCAGGACCAGAUAGACACCCUCACCUUCCAGAACCAAUCUCUUAAGGCCAAAGCAGACCGAUUUGAAGAGGCUCUGAAGAAAAACACCGAGGAACAACUGAAGAUUGUACGAGCUCCAUAUCUGCACUUAGAAAAAGAUCUGAAGAGCUUAAAACAUGUUCUGGAAAUGAAGAACCAUCAGAUUCACCAACAGGAGAAGAUGAUUAUGGAGUUAGAAAAACAGGCUGAAAAAAAUUUAAAACUGGAAGAAAAAAUCACCAUGCUGCAACAGCAGAAUGAAGAACUCCGAGCCAGGAUUGAGCAAAAUACUGUCAUAACAAGGCAAUUGUCAGAGGAGAAUGCUAAUCUUCAAGAAUACGUUGAGAAAGAAGUGGAGGAGAAGAAGAAGCUGAGCAGGACUAACGAAGAGCUCCUCUGGAAGCUGCAGGAGGGAGAUGCUGUAAGCCCCGUGAAACUUCCACCCGCAUCGUCCACUUCUUUUUAUCGCUGCUCAUCAGGGAACUCCUCUCCAGCAAAAGUCAGAACCUUGCGGCGAUGA